AUGGCCGUUGUUCCGUCCGGCAACGCGCAGAUCCGCCCUUCGCAGUUCCACCGUGUCGUGUCCCCCUUGUUGUGUAGUGUUGUGUGUGUGCCUGUCGCCUCGUCAUUGUCACCGUACAACAAACGACACAGCGUCCUUGUUCGGCUACGUGUAAACUGCCGCAUCGCGCGCGAACGUUCGACGUCCGGCAGAAGUGGACGUGCGACGACAGGCCAAUUGGUCAUCCGGAAAUUCACUCGUUCGUUCGUUCAUUCACUCAAUUCAGCUAUUUUCGUUGCCCCCGGAAGGCUUUUAUCCGAUUGGGACUCGGUCGAUCGGCCGGUCAUUCAGUUGUUCUCCGAGUGA